UCGAUUUAAUUUAUGCAAACAAUACAUACAAUAUUUACGAAUGUAUUCGGGCAAAAUAUAGCAAAAUUCUAAGGGAUUAUUCUUCGAUUACAAACCAUUUACUUAAAUUGUCGACUUUCAUUUCGCUUCAAUACAUUUCGUUCGAAUAAUUAAUUAAAAAUCUCGCAAUAAUUCGGCAGUAGAAAUAUUUCGAUAUCGACUACAUUUAAUUUAUUUUAUAUCACGGUUUUGUUUACAGCAAGCUGUAAUUGCAAUAAAUAAUUAAUAGUAGGUAAUGAAUUAAAUUAAGGCGCCCGGAAACUCUUUUAUCAGUAGCCGCUUCUUCGGCAGACAGCUCGAUAAAACUCAUAUCGCGAUGACACACACUGUCGCAUUCCACGAUCAAAUUCGUUACAUUAUUUAUUACCCUUAAAAAUAUUAUUCAUACGCGUACCGUCAUCCCCCUCUCGUUUUCUGCAAUGUGUUUGAUCGCCGUUUGUUGUUACAUUAAGCAAAAGUUAGAUACUUGUAAACUGUUCAACAAAAUUGACAUUUUGUACCAGGAGACCACGGUGCUCGAGGAGGUGUUCUUUAUUUUGCGCAAAACCCGACUCCGCGAUCGUGCAAUUUUUGCUGCCUUUUCACUCGUGGACUUGAAACCGCUAAACAUCUUUCCGCAUUCUUAGAUCGAGAUAUCUUAAAUAAAUAGAUUCAAUUAAAUAAAUUUAAUAUUUCGUUUCGUUCCAUACGUUAAAAUAUUUAGUAAAAUUUCAAAUACGACCUACAGAAAUAACAGAAUUGAAAUGAAAGAUUUUUUAACUAAGAAAUUUUGUGUUUCUUUAUCGUUUCUUUCGUAUUGUUUAAUAAAAUCGAUGGUGUCAAGCACGUGGCACUACUUUGACAUUAGUCACGUGCAUAAUCACGUGUCGGUUGAGCUAGAGCACGAAAUAAUUUACAAUUUGUAAAUUUCAAACAUUCGAAAUGAGCGUAGAUAACGAGUCGGAUCUACAGAAACUUUUCUACGAAUCGUCGACUAACGAUAAUGUUUUUACGGUGUCUACAACUGUGGAUACAGGUUUCGAGUGGCAAGCUGUGGACGAAUGCAAAGAAAAGAUAAAUAAAAAUGUUAAGUUCGUUAAGGAACGCGGGAGAAUCUUUUUUAAUGUAUCCUGGACUGAAUUUGCACAAAUACAAGAGAUGAGGUCAAUAGACAAUAUAUUUAUCGUUGCCGAUGUAAGACAAUUUGUUUUCACGGGAACUAGUAAAGAGACUGAUCUGCAGCUUUUUAAGGAUGCUGUGCAAAAUAGUAUAAAAUUAGAAAAAUGCUUAAAUGCUUGGAAACGGAUAACUGGUUUCCAAGGAAAAAUAUAUCCAACCACAGAAGAGUAUAGUCUAGUAGAAAAAGAUUUUAAACUCUCAAACAUACUUACCACAGCAGUAACAUUUAAAGGCAGAAAAAGAGGCCAAGAUCCGUCCGAUGCUAAAGACGAUGAAAUUUUAAGGUACAGGGUAACAUGUGAGAGGACUGGUAAACAUACAUUUGAAUCUGGUGAUGUUGCCAGAACUAUUGGAGGAGAAUUACAAGACAAAUACCUGUGGCUUGUGGAUUUGUCCACGUAUUACUUAGAAAUAGUUUGUAAAUUAAUUAAUAGUGAAUUGAUAACACAUUUACGUGUCACACACGAGUCUAAGCAUCGUAGAAAUAUCAUGUGUUUUGGACCAACUACUCUUAGAGCAACUGUGUGUUAUAAUUUAUUACGAUUAGCUCAACCCAGGCCAGGCGAUAUAAUAAUUGAUCCAAUGUGUGGUGGUGGUUCUAUUCCAAUAGAGGCAGCUUUGGUUUAUCCUCAAGCUUAUAUUAUUGCUGGAGACAAUCAUCCAAAAGCUGUAGUUAGGGCAAAGUCUAAUAUUGAUGCCUCAGCCACUAAAUGUAAAAUUGAUAUGAUGAAUUGGAGUGUAUCACAAUUACCAUUUAAAGAUUCAUAUGUUGAUAUUGUUGUUACUGACAUGCCAUUUGGAAAACGAAGUGGACGAAUGGUAGACAAUAGGAUACUUUAUAAACAAUUUUUGAUAGAAUUAGGACGAAUUCUAAAACUCUCAACAGGUCGAAGUGUCUUACUCACUUACGACAGACGUAGUUGUAAUAUGGCUCUACAAAUGGCUGGAGACUUAUAUCGCGUAACAAAAAUGUUAGGAGUAAAUAUAGGCGGCCUUCAAGCCGCCGUUUAUGUUUUAAAACGAACAGACGUGCUAUGGGAUCAAUUUAAACCUAAAGCUAUUAAGCACGUGAAGCAUACGAAUAAUUGAACUAAGAGAUUAUAAAUUUUGUUAUUUAUAUACUAAACUAACUGAUAUUUUUGUUACAAAUUAAUAUUUCUUAAGAGUUUAAUAAAACGAGAUUUCUAUAUUU